AUGCCAUAUCUUGCCAAGCUAGAAUCUCCAACACCACGGCAAGAUAUCGUCUUCGCCGAACAUAUAUUUCUCAACUUCGACGUUACUCCUACAGAUCCUCCUACACUCAAGCCUGCACUUACCACCAUGGAAUCUUCAACCUCCUCCCCUCUCCCAGAAAUGAUAGAUAUCAACACCCUUUCACACCAAGAACCAACAAUCUCACCCCAAACAAUAACCCGCAUCAACGCAGCCUACGACUGGACAUCUCCCAACGAUCCCUCCAACCCCCGAAACUUCUCCCUCCUCACAAAAGCCCUUAGUAUAGCAUCCAUAACAUCCCUCGCCUGGUCAUCCUGCUUCGCCGGUGCCAUAUACGCCCCCGCCCAAACCACCGUCAGCCAUGACUUCCACCAAGGCCGUUUACUUUCCGUCCUCCCUCUGAGCUUAUAUAACCUCGGCAUGGCGUGCGGUCCGCUCGUUGGAGCACCGCUCUCUGAGACGUAUGGCCGUAAGACGGUCUAUGUCGCUACUACACCUAUCUUUCUUUCUUUUUUGCUGGGAUCGGGAUGUGCAAGGGAUAUUUAUCGCGGGGCGAGUUUGGGGAUAUACUACUCUAUUCCUUCGCUUGGAGCAGCUGUUGGGCCACUUGUUGGGGGGGUCGUACAGAGGUCUUUUGGGUGGCGGUGGACGCAGUGGGUUGCUGUUGUGAUAACGUGUGUUCUUUACAUUCCGGUUUUGUUCACGAGGGAGACUUAUAAGAAGGUUGUCCUUCGAAGACGAGCUAUUAGGAUGGGUCUGGGUGAUAGCUCUUCCCAGCAAACAACUGUUGCUCGGACGGUCCGACAUUUCUUUACGGUUCUCAUCCUUCGACCUCUUCAUAUGCUGUUUACUGAACCAAUCGUCACUCUGGUCAGUCUCUACAACGGCUUCAUCUUUGGACUAUUGUACACAUUCAUCAUAUCCGUCCCCUGGAUCUUCAGACAUUACUAUAAUUUCAGCGCAACCGGCGAGUCCCUCUCAUAUCUGGGUAUAACUCUCGGCACCCUCUUGGCCUGCGCUCCCUUUGUCCUAAUCGACUUUUCAUACUAUCAAAAGCGCCUUAUCCACUGGACUCAAACCCACGAUGCAAGCGAACCCUUUCCCCCAGAGCAUCGCCUCAUCUCCUCCAUGAUCGGGAGUUUUCUCCUCCCCGCUAGUCUCCUCAUAGCAGGGUGGACAGCUGAAUUCCGCUUGCACUGGAUUCUCCCCAUCUUCUUCCAGGGCAUGACGAUGCUGGCUUGUCUUCUGAUUUAUGCUGGUGUAAAUCUCUUUAUGCUCGAUGCUUACGGUCCUUUGUAUGGAGCAUCGGCAUCGGGUGCUAUGAUGCUGAGUAGAUAUUCGUUGAGCUUUGCUUUUCCGAUGUUUGCGCUGCAGAUGUUUGAGAAGCUUGGCGCGGGAUGGGCGACCACGCUUUUGGCGGGUAUCACGUUUUUGAUGGCGCCUAUACCGUGGUGUUUCUUUGUUUAUGGGGAGAGGAUUAGGGCGAGGAGUAGAUACGAGUCAAGCUCAUAG